UGCCCAUCCUUUGACAAACCUACGACAAACAGAUCCUUCUCGUCUUCCUUGGACUUCUUAUUCCAACUGUUACCGCUUUAGGACUCCCAGACACAUAAUUCGAAAAAUGGCAAACUUUGAGCCAGUCAAUUUCAUACCAAGGCACCGUCAGGCCGAGAUUUUGGAGUUACCGGUGCAGUCUCUGAUUGCUGCGCCGCACAGCAAGCACGCCGGCACAAAUCAUUGGUGUCUCUACGCCUUGACAUCCGACGCCACCUCUGUCAGAUUCGAUUGUCAACCCAGUUACUCCGUCCCAAAUACCAUUCUCCCUGGAGGCUCCAAAGCCUAUGUAAUCAUCUCUGAGCUGCAAUAUGCUGUGUCCAGGGAUGCUCAAGCACAGUUCAUUCUCAGGGUUACCCCAGGUCUGAAAGUCAGACAUGUUUACAAUUUGCUGAUCCAGAAUGGGCGCCACAAAUACGAAUUCGAUUCGAACGGAGUUGGUUGCAGAUUUUGGACGACGGAUCAGAUCAAUCUGCUGCAUCAGCAUCGGCUUAUCACGGAUACUGCACAAGUUACAGCUGCAAAGAACGGGAUUCUCAAGCUGUGGCCAGAUCAGACGCCCCUUGAACUCGACCGGGGAGCCUACUACUAGGGAUGUCAACAGGCAGAUGUCUGCUUUGUUGUUCCUUGGAUCAUCAGGUCACCUAUCUUGCGAGGGACAUAUGCGAGCAAAGCAGCAUCUUACGCAGUCUGUCCGAUUUGGGAUCUCGGACCCGAGGCCAGCUCCCUUUCAGAUCCACAAUGCCGUUGAAGAUUUGUUUAUAUGCCACGUCAUUUUCUGUGUCUCCUUUUUCCCACUUUCUCCUGUUUUUCUGCGUUUUUACUUGCUAUCAGAUGAAAAUCCAUCAAUCUUUGACUGUAAUCUCACCCACAAGUAUUCUUAGUGACUCUUUAUCCCGCAUGAAAAGGUCAGGGCCAUAUAUCAAAGAGUAGGUCGAGAAUCAACCAAUACAGUUCGUUUCAGG